UGCGCCCAUGCUGGCCUCUCAAACUUACAACCGCUAGAAAAACACUGCGUGGACUGGCUGUCCAGUUACCUCCUACUGCAGAGUUAACCCCAGGUUUUCUGCUCUCCGACCCCUACUCUACACCCACACAGCCAUGUCAUCCUGCAGCCGCGUGGCGCUGGUGACCGGGGCUAAUAAGGGCAUAGGCUUCGCCAUCACUCGUGACCUCUGUCGGAAGUUCUUGGGGGUCGUGGUGCUCACCGCGCGGGAUGAGGCAAGGGGCAAGGCUGCUGUGCAGCAGCUGCAGGCGGAGGGCCUGAGCCCGCGCUUCCACCAGCUGGACAUCGACGACCUGCAGAGCAUCCGCGCCCUGCGCGACUUUUUGCUCAAGGAAUACGGGGGACUGGACAUACUGGUCAACAAUGCGGGCAUUGCCUUCAAGAAUGCUGACCCAACCCCCUUCCACAUUCAAGCAGAAGUGACAUUGAAAACAAACUUUUUUGGUACCCAAGAUGUCUGCACUGAGCUGCUCCCUCUAAUGAAACCCGGAGGCAGAGUGGUGAACGUAUCGAGCAUGCUGAGUCUCAGGGCCCUGAAAAACUGCAGCCCAGAGCUACAGCAGAAGUUUCGAAGUGACACCAUCACAGAGGAGGAGCUGGUGGGGCUUAUGAACAAGUUUGUGGAGGACACAAAGAGAGGAGUGCAUGAGAAAGAAGGCUGGCCUAAUAGUGCUUAUGGGGUGAGCAAGAUUGGGGUGACAGUCCUGUCGAGAAUCCAUGCCCGGAAACUCAGUGAGCAGAGGAAAGGGGACAAGAUCCUCCUCAAUGCCUGUUGCCCUGGGUGGGUGAGAACAGACAUGGCGGGACCAGAAGCCCCCAAGAGUCCCGAAGAAGGAGCAGAGACCCCCGUGUACUUGGCCCUUCUGCCACCAGAUGCAGAGGGACCUCAUGGGCAGUUUGUUCAGGAAAAACAGGUUGAACAAUGGUGAGCUCAAUUCUCGCCUCUUCCCACAUCACCUCUCCCUCUCGUUGUAUCCUGUUAGUGAGGGCCAAGGUUCGUUGAUAAUAUACUAACACAAUAUACUAAUUUAAUACUCUUUAACUACUUGACUGACUGACCUUUGUAAUUCUGUGAAUUACUUUAUGAUUCCCUCUGUGAUACAGGAUGAGAAAAAGUUAAUUCUGGAAAAAAUAAAAAUAUCUGGCUUGUUCUUUAAGCAUAAUGAUUUGUAUAAUCUUGGGGUUCCUUUAUGUGUGUGAGCGUCUUGUCUAGGUGGAUGGACAGGUACUACGUGCAUAAAGUGCUCCUGGGGACCAGAAGAGGGCAGAGGCUCCCCUGGAGCUGGGGUUAAAGAUGGCUGAGGUCUCUUCAAGAGCAGCAAGUGCUCUCACCGCUGAGCCAUCUCUCCAGUCCUUACUUUGCAGCUUCUGCCCAUGCAAAAUCAGCUUCAUCUCUAGGGUAUAAUCAAAACCAAGCUCAGGGCCAACAGAAGGAAGAGCACAGCUGCAGUCAGUGGAGAUCUCAAGAGCCAGGUCAGAAUACAGGGGGCUCUGUGAUCCCCGCCGGCUGUAGCAGCCACACAGGUGUGUGCUGGGUGACAGCAGGACAAGCUGAAGAGCCUGAGUCAAGGAUGGUGUUUGAGUUGCAA